GCGACUUGCAGUCAGAGCUCAGACUAGUCUGCACAGAGAGAUCGAUGCGCUCCACUGUCACCGCGAUGAAGGGCUGCUUCUGUUUGCUUGGGAUUCUUCUCCUGUCUGUCAGGCUGACGGGUGUUUCUGGUGAUGGAAUCAUUGGGGGUAAGGAGGUCACGCCUCACAGCCGCCCUUACAUGGUCUACUUGGCAGUAAGAAGAGCGGGUCAUUUCUCUAGUUGUGGCGGCUUUCUAAUUCGGGAAGACUUUGUCUUGACUGCCGCGCACUGCAAGGGAGAAGAGAUUAGAGCUGUUCUGGGAGCCCAUGCAAUAUUGAAGGGAGAGAAUUCUCAGCAGUUAAGGCAUGUGAAGAAGAUCCUCCCUCACCCGCAAUACAGCCAGGCAAAUCACGACAUCAUGUUGCUGAAGCUGGCACACAACGCCAGUCUGAAUGAGAACGUGGGAGUGGUGCCGUUGCCGCAGAAACUGGAGGUAGUUCUCCCUGGUACGGAGUGCUCUGUGGCGGGAUGGGGGGCGAUGAAUGUAACAGGGACCCACCCUGCCAGCAAACUCAUGGAGGCCCCUGUGACUGUGAGCAACUGGCAACAGUGCAGAAGAAGGUGGGAGGAAAAAUUCACAGAGUACAUGAUAUGUGGCGGCAUGGCAAACAACGGAGCUUGUAAGGGAGAUUCCGGGGGACCCCUGAUGUGCAGAGGUGUGGCUCAUGGAAUCGUUUCCUUCGGGAGUAAUCCAUGCAGUGAGAAGCCAGACGUGUACACAAAGAUCUCCAUGUACAUGGACUGGAUCCAGGAAACCCUAGCCAACAACUGAGAGCGUCCCGCUGCAUUGCCAUUGCAGCCAGCCUGCUUCUGCACGCUUUACUGAAAGAUCCAGAAUCAUCAGUUUCCUGCUUCACAUGAUUUACAUAUAGAUUUCAAGCAGUGUGUGUUCAAGUACUGCAAUAUUAUUUGUGCACUAUUACUAAUCCUAAUCAAAAGCACUGUGCAUUUCGCUUGGUUUUGACUCUUGAAUAGGAAAUGUGGUAGAAAAGUCCUACAGAAAGACAUCUUCAUUGUUACAUUAGCUUUGCUCUGUUGCCUUGUAAGGCAGUGAAUUAAAGAGUUGCUCAAA